GUGUGUGCGCGACAGAGGAAAUCCAUGUGCCCGGCUCGUCGCUGCCACGCCCCCGCAACCCCACCCGCGCGCGCGCUCCCCGCCAAGAUUUGCCACCUAUAACCCCCCGUCCCCGUGCUCCCCUCGCCGCGCGCUCCGGCCUUCCCCCCUUCCUCCGGGCGCAGCGCGCGGCCAGAUACACCCACCCACCCACACACACACACACCGCGCGCGCGCAGGUCGGAUGGGAGCCGCGACCACGACGACCGCGACGAAGCGGAGCCGCGCGGCGGGCGGGAGGCAGCAGCAGCAGGAGACGGCGGCGGCGGCGGCGGCCAUGGCGCGUCCGGGCGCGGCGGAGGCGGAGGCGGCGGCUCGGCGGCGAAGGCCGCGGCCGCGGCUGGUCGGGUACGAGGAGCUGCCCGAUUACCUCCAGGACAACGAGUUCAUCCGCGGCCACUACCGCGCCGAGUGGCCCAUCCGCGACGCGCUCCUCAGCGCCUUCGCCUGGCACAACGAGACCCUCAACGUCUGGACGCAUCUGGGAGGGUUCCUGCUGUUCCUGGCGCUCGCCGUCGCCGGAGGGGCGAGGGAGGCCGCCGACGAGGCCGCGCCGGGGAUCAUGAGGUUCGUGGUCGGAUCGGCUAACGCUUCCUGGGACAGCGACCAUUCGGGCCUGCCGGGUCAUGACGCCGGGGCGGCGGCGCUGUCGUCCGGCGUGCCGCAGUGGCCGCGGAUGGUGUUCCUGCUGGGCGCCAUGUCGUGCCUGGCCAUCAGCGCAACGGCGCACCUUCUGGCGUGCCACUCGCGCCGCGCCACCGCGGUGUUCUGGCAGCUCGACUACGCGGGCAUCUCCGUGAUGAUCGUGGCCUCCUUCGUUCCCCCCGUCUACUACGCCUUCCUCUGCCACCCGGGCGCGCGCGCCGCCUACCUCUCCGGCAUCACGGCGUUGGGUGUGCUCGUGGUCGGCGCGCUGCUGUCGCCGUCGUGCUCGUCCCCGCGCUACCGCCGGCUCCGCGCGUCGCUGUUCCUGGCCAUGGGCCUGUCGGGGGUGCUCCCGGCGCUGCACGCGCUGUGGCUCAACUGGGGCCACCCCGCGUGCUACCUGGCCCUGGGGCUCGAGGUCGCCAUGGGGCUCGCCUACGCCGCCGGGGCGUGGGUCUACGUCAGCCGCGUGCCGGAGCGGUGGCGCCCCGGGGUGUUCGACGUCGUGGGCCACAGCCACCAGAUCUUCCACGUGCUCGUGCUCGUCGGCGCCGCCACGCACUACGUGGCCGUCGCCGUGCUCAUCCACUGGCGGGAGAAGGUGGCCGCCGCCUGUGUCGCCGCGCCGUGAAUCAAGAAGCCAUUGGGGUUGAUUCAACAACCGUUCGAAUGGACGAAUGGAGUAGUUGCAGUUGCAGCAUAGGUGUCAGCUCUAGAGUUUGAGUGUGAUCCUGUGAACUGAUCCUUCGAUGCUUUUUUAAGUUAAUGAUGGGAUGAUUUUAUGGAGGUUGAUUUAUGAGA